AUGAAACCACCAGUGUUGUUGGCGUUCAAGCGAUGUUUAUCGCAGAAGCCGUUUUAUGUGACAACGCCAAUCUUCUACGUCAAUGCAAAACCGCAUUUGGGUCAUCUUUAUUCCAUGCUCCUCGCAGACACCAGAAACAGAUGGGAGCUACUCAAACCUGGAGCCAAAACAUUCUUCUUGACGGGAACAGAUGAGCAUGGCCUUAAAAUCCAGACAGUGGCAGAAAAAGAAGGCAUAGAGCCCAAGGUUUUGGUGGAUAGAGUUUCACAGAACUUUGUGGAGUUGGCCACUAAGUUCAAUGUUCGUUAUGAUAGAUUCAUGAGAACCACCGAUGAAGAUCACCUUCGUGCAGUCAAACAUUUUUGGAAUGUGGCCAUGGAGAAGGGUCUUUUGUAUAAAGGUGCACACCGGGGCUGGUACAGUGUGAGUGACGAGGCGUUUUAUCCGGAAACUCAGAUCCAAGAUGUUUUGGAUCCCAAGACUGGAAAGUCCAAGAAAGUGUCCAUUGAGACAAACAACGAGGUGGUGUAUCAUGAGGAAGAAAAUUACUUUUUUAAGCUUUCAGUAUUCCAGGAUAAGCUCAUUGAGUUUCUUGAGGCCAACCCUCAAUUUGUCAUUCCUUCUAAGAAACACUCCGAGGUGAUGGCAGAACUUCGUCUCGAACCCUUGUCAGAUCUUUCCGUAUCUAGACCAUCUUCUAGACUCAAGUGGGGCAUUGAGGUCCCUAAUGACGAUAGCCAGAAGAUCUACGUGUGGUUUGAUGCAUUGAUCAACUACAUUACCGCAGGAGGAUACCCACAUAAGUCAACAGAGGAUAUGAUCUGGCCUGCCACUCAUGUGGUUGGCAAAGAUAUCAUGCGUUUCCACUGCAUUUACUGGCCAAUUUUUCUUAUGGCUUGUGAUCUUGAGCUUCCUACUCAGGUGAUUGUUCACAGUCAUUGGCUCAGUGAGGGAGUGAAAAUGAGCAAGAGUUUAGGGAACGUAGUGGAUCCAAUGAAUUUGGCAGAUGUUUAUGACGUGGAGCCUUUGCGGUUCUACUUGAUGGAGCAGUCCAAUCUUGGAGUGGACUGCAAGUUCAGCGAGGGAGCUUUACAGAACCACAGAUCGGUGGUGAUCAACAAAUGGGCCAACCUCAUUUCGCGAAUUGGAGGAGACAAAUUCAACGUUGCUCAAAGUGUUCAAGACUUCCACCAAGGAAAAUUUGCCCAAUUUGACCAUGAUUAUCCUGUUGAAGAGGCAGAAAUUAGAGACAAGUUGGUGGCCAGCGUUAACAGUCUUCACGCAGACAUGAAUGCACAGAUGGUUGAAUUCGGCCACAUGAAAGCGCUUCAAAGAUGGUGGGAGACUGUGGAGCUUGCCAAUGUGUUUUUCCAGGAAAGUCAGCCAUGGGCAUAUAAGAAGAAGAUCGACGCUGCUGGGCCCAACGAGGCUGAGGUCUUGGCACUCAAGAGAAGCUAUAUCAUAUUUUUGACUGCGGAGGCAUCCCGAAUCGCCUCUACUUGCUUGCUACCUUUCAUGCCAAAUACAGCUGGAGCUUUCUUGGACAGAUUGGGUGUUGGAGCUGAAUUUCGGAACAGUGGUUGUGCCAGCGUUGGAGCGGUUCAGAAUUAUGGGGAAGGAACGAACAGUGGAAAGCCCAAACCACUCAUGAGAAAGCUUGAUUUAUAG